AAAGCCGGGAAUGCUGAGAUGGCCGCUUUGAGGCUUUUCGGGCUUCUCUCUGCGUAAAUAUUGUGUGAUGUGUAUGUGCAAGUGAGCCUGGUGAGCGUACAGUGCGAGAAUCAGGAAAAGUUCAAAUUUUGCAUGCGUUUAAAGAAUUUUAAGAAAGAAUAAAACGUAUCCCCAGUGUUGACAACAUGUCAGCGGUAUAUCCGACUUUACCGAAACUGGCAGUGAGAGACAACCUCGAUGACGAUGAUCUCACCGACAUCGAUGACGAAGUAUUUAUUAGGGAUGGUAGAAACGGCGGAUUAAAAUUAGACGACGAUGGCGGAGUGAAACAGCCUCUCAUGGCACCCCGUAGAAAAUGCAAAAAGCCCUGCAACUUGGAGAACCAUAAGAUUCCAUACAACAUGCUUCUUGUGCCAGUGUGCUGUGGAACUACAGCAUUGAUUGUGCUGUUAGGCUUAAUUGUAGUUUGUAUAUUUACUGCAAAUAUAUUCCCAAUGCCAUUAACUAUAUUAAAAAGCUGGAUGUCACACGAUCUAAAAAAUCCUGUAAAUGAAUCAGAGGUAAUUCCAUGUACCUCACUCUCGUCCAAUGUUUUAUGGGCCAGAUCGUUUCCAAAGUUAACACCUGAGGCACCUCUUAGGAGUAAUGAUGUUAACUCCGAUGGAAUUGAAGAUAUUAUUGUGGGAUUUAGUACAGGUCUGGAUAUGAUGGAUACGGAAUAUAUCUGUACUAUAUAUUUUGGAAAUCAAACACCGUGUCUAGGUGGUGUACUAGCACUAAAUGGUAAAACGGGUGAACCUAUCUGGACACAUUGGACUGCCCAUUCCAUACUUUCUGUUGACUGUGAUGCAGACUUGACGUACGACAAAGUUAAGGAUUGUAUCAUAUCUGGACGUGGUGGGAUACUGCAAGCUAUUGAUGGCCAUGAUGGUUCCAAUAUAUGGGAGAUACCACUUCAAGAUCUAAUUUCUGAGUUACAAAUAAUUUUGGAUGUCUAUGAUGCAAGAUUUAUAGCUGAUAUGGACGGCGAUGGUAUUGCCGAUGUAAUAGCGUCGCAUGUUGUACAAUCAGACAAUAUUCAAGCAAGCAAUGUACUCGUGAUAUCGGGUAGAAGCGGCAGUGUCAUACGCAAUAUGAAUUUACCCGAUACAGAGCAAUUGUUCGUAGCACCGCAAAUUAUAGUGCAUCCUGAUGGAGAAAAUAUAUUCGUUCUAGCUACAACCAGUCAACAAGAUUCUGGAGGAUUAUAUAUAGUGUCCCAAGCUAAUAUAUUUUACGGUGAUUUACAAUUGCAAAAGCUCAAUCAUAAUACUGGCAAAAAUGCGCUGUUGCCACCGAUCUUAAUUGAUAUUACAUCAGAUGGAAUUGAAGAUAUUGUCGCUGCUAUGUUCAAUUCUACGAUUAUAGCAUACAAUGGAACUACGUUUGAGCCUAUCUGGAAUUACACGGUUCCUAAUUCCGAAGUAAUUAGCAUUCCCAUUCCCGGUUAUUAUAACGACGACGAUAUACCAGACUUUAUGGUGAAGCAUCAAAUAGGUACAGGAUUAUCCACGUACUAUUACACCAUAGCUACAGUCAUAGACGGUCGUAACGGACAGCCUUUGCUCGAGAAACCGAUGGAGGAUAGCUUAAGCGGACAAAUGUCUGGAUUAUCGGUCACUGUCGACGGAUUCGGCAACGAUUGGUUUUUGCAUUGGUCCACCGACUGUUUAAAUUACGAGGGAAUCAAGGAAAAAUAUCAGUUUUUGAAAGGUCAGAGUUUCAUGUCGCAAACUCGCACUGAUCUUUGCUCCCUGAGAUUCAAUUCGACGCUUACUAUGAGAUUACUGGCUUUGAGUCAACAUGUUGGCCCGCCUGGAUUGUCGUUAUACUUCUCGGAGGACUGGAAGUCGGUAGAGUUCAAUAAUUCAAUCGACUUACGAAAAGAAGAAGAGAAGAAUCUGAAGUCCCAUUCACGAUUAAAGGUCACGGAUACUUAUGCGAAUAUACCGCUCGUUUCUGAGAGAUCGCCGAAAGUUCAUAAAAACCAUCGGAAAGACAGCAUCUUCAAACACAAAGAUAGUCUACUCGAGAUUGGCAAAUACGAUUCGGACGCGGUAUAUGAGAAUUUCGACGAAUUCAAGAGCCAUAAGAAACAUAAUCCCGAAGACACUGUAGAGAAUUCAAACGUAGAUCAAACAUGGAAGCAGGACAACAAAUGGAUGGAGGAUGUACAGCCGGAUAAAGAAUAUGAUAGUAUAUAUGAAAAUGAUAACGGUAACAAUGAAGACGGACAGAAUAUAGAUUAUUCGCAAGGUGAAGUGCGAGAACAGAGGAGUGUCGUCCCUGUAAAAGAUCUAUAUUGGAUAAAUAUUUCUCAUAAAGAAAUUAAUUCAACACCUGAAUCGACGCGACACAAUUUACGACUCGAUUACGAGGAAAUUAACACAGAAAAAAAGAGAGAAAUGAAAGAAAUCAACGACAAAAGGAAUGGCUCAAUGAAUGAAGCUGAUAAUAUAAUGGAUAUGUCAAUGACGUCAACUUCACAAUUUCAAGAAGAGUUACCAUUAACUAUGUCGAACAAUAAAUCAAAUAUCGAAAAGAUUACUACAAUACAGACUGUAUUAAAGACGAGCGAAUUAAUAGAAAUAAAGAGCACAAAUAUGAGUACGGAAUUGCCAGAAGACACACGUACUGAAGCAUCAAAUGUUAUUAAAAAUCAAAUAAUUACUGGUCAUCCAGACGAAACUUCCACUACUAAGAAAAUCAUAGACGUGACUCAGCGAAGACACAUUUAUAAGCAUAGUUUCCCUAGUAUUGUCCAAGACGCGGAUGAUGAUGCUAGUAUAGAAAAAGUAUUUAAACGGGAAUCACUGAAAAAUCAAAGUAAAGGCAAGAUUAAUAAGAAGCAAUUACUGAUAUUGUCGUCAACUGAUAAAAUUGUUAGAAUACGACAGAAACGAAAAACGAAACGGAACUCGGAAAUUAACGACAAUCAGUCGAACGGUAUCAAUGGCAUUCAGAAGCAGGCACCAACCGGUAUUCUACUACCGUCUAUUAUCGAAUCCAAAGGAAAGACGUCGAUAGAUUUAGUGUUUCCUACGUUCUGGUUACCGUCGUCUGAAGUGUCUCUGAUCUUGUCUCGAGCAGAUGUAGAGUGCAUUGACAAGAAGAAAGCAUUAUUAGAGGAUAAACUUGAAUACAAAAAAGAUGACGACAUCAUCAGUGAAUGUUUAUCUGAGCGAGGCAUUAAUUAUAGAUUAUAUCAAGAGGCAAUGGAUAGGGAAAAUACCAAAAUCGCGUUUGGUCAAAUGACAAUAUACAGGAUGAAACUAGAAUGCGUAUGUCCAGAGGAUAUGCUACCUAAUCAAACAUGCAAAAAUAUUUCAACACAUCAGAGCUGGCCAGAAUAUCUAGGCUCUUCUGGAAAUGGCUAUUUUAAGCCAUUACAUAAAUUAAAUAUUUGAAGAAAUUAUAAUAUCUUGUCGAAUUAUAUGAAUU